GAAUCACAGAAUCAAUUAGGUUGGAAAAGACCUCUGAGAUCAUCGAGUGCAACCCAUGACCAAACACCACCGUGUCAACUAGACCAUGGCACUAAGUGCCGCGUCCAGUCUUCCCUUGCUGCACCACCUCCCUGGGCAGCCCAUUCUGAUUUCUCCUCACCCGUUCUGUGAAGAAAUUCUACCUCAUGUCCAAUCUAAACAAGUUGGUAUAGUUUGGAGCGCUGACCCGGGCAAGGUGCUCGGGACAGACCCUCCCUCAGGGGGAACGGAGACCGCGCCCGUGGGGUCUGCGGCGCUGAGGAACCCCGGGCGCGCGGAAGGAAGGAGAAAUGGAGGAGAGAGAGCAGGAUGCAGCGGGGCCGCUCCGCCCCUCGGCGCCGCUUGGCGGGAAAGCCAGGCUUUGGCGGGCUCGGAGGAGCAGCGGCGGGCGGGAGCAGGACCAGGACCGCUGUGCAACCGGAGCCCAGCCCGUCCCGCAGAGAGCCUCUCGCCUGACAUGCCCGCCGAGGGGGAGCCGCUGAGCCCGCCGGGGCUCGGCGAGUCGCAGUACCUGCAACAGGUACGGCACAUCCUACAGCACGGCCACCGGAGGGAGGAUCGCACCGGCACUGGCACCCUCUCUGUGUUCGGCAUGCAGGCGCGGUACAGCCUGAGAGAUCAGUUUCCACUGCUGACAACGAAGAGGGUGUUCUGGAGGGGAGUGCUGGAGGAGCUGCUAUGGUUCAUCAAGGGUUCUACAAAUGCCAAAGAGCUCUCUGCAAAAGGUGUGAAGAUUUGGGAUGCUAAUGGGUCACGUGAGUUCCUGGAUAAGCAGGGUUUCAGCACCAGAGAGGAGGGGGAUUUGGGACCGGUAUAUGGUUUCCAGUGGAGGCACUUUGGAGCAGAAUACAAAGAUAUGCACACAGAUUACUCCAACCAAGGAAUUGAUCAGUUGCAAAAAGUGAUUGAAACGAUCAAAACCAAUCCAGAUGACAGAAGAAUCAUUAUGUGUGCUUGGAAUCCAAAAGAUAUUUCUCUGAUGGCUUUGCCUCCAUGCCAUGCUCUUUGCCAGUUUUAUGUUCUAAAUGGUGAAUUGUCUUGCCAACUCUAUCAGAGGUCUGGAGAUAUGGGACUAGGAGUGCCUUUCAAUAUUGCCAGCUACUCACUGCUCACAUACAUGAUUGCCCAUGUCACAGGGCUAAAGCCUGGAGAGUUCAUACACACUUUAGGAGAUGCUCACGUAUAUCUGAAUCAUGUGGAAUCUCUUAAAGUUCAACUUCAGAGGGAGCCAAGACCUUUUCCUAAACUCAGAAUUCUUCGUAAGGUUGAAGACAUCAGUGACUUUAAGGCAGAAGACUUUCAGAUUGAAGAUUAUAAUCCUCAUCCACCUAUUAAAAUGGAAAUGGCUGUUUAAUGCUAUAAACCAGCAUUAAAUACUUAUGUGGAAAUGUACCUAAGCUACUUAGUUUCUCUAAAGUGAUGGGGCUUUUAUAUACUUCAAAAGAUAUCUACUUUAUUAUUAAAAAGAAAUAGAUACUAGCAGACCAGAACUGCCUUCAGUACUAACCUGUAAUUGUACAGAACAGAUGAUUAUGUCUGAUGUACUGUGCAGACAUUAACCCAGUUGUUAGUGAGCUAGUUUUCUACAUGUUUCAUUGGCCACUUCUAUUACCAUUCAAUUACUAUGAGCCUUUGCUUAUGUGCUUGAUAUAAAAGAGGAUUCCUUCAGGGUUGGAGAAUUUGUUAAAUAUAUUCUAAAGAGUAUAUGUCUAAUAAAGGUUUUUU